AUGUCGCACAAGCCCUACAUGGUCAUCUUCAAGGAUGGCUGCCCGCAAUCGGCCAUCGACGAGCAAAAGUCCAAAGUGCAGCAGGCGGGUGGCACCAUCAAGCAGACGUUCGACUCGAGCAUCAUGAAGGGGUUCGCCGCAACGCUGCCCGAGAGCUUCGCCCAGGAACUCACCACCGCCAGCGUCGGCGGCAAGCACGAGCACAUCGAAUACGUCGAGCCCGAUAGCGAGGUCAAGACCAUGUAA